AUGAAAUCACUCCAUACGUCUCUCAAGGUUGCCGAGCGCGAGGAACUUAUUUCACGCUAUCGUUCCGAGGUGGACGCAGCCCUUGUUCUCGGCGCUUUCGAAAUGGCUUUGUCCUCGUUUUCAAACUUGUCUAUCCACCUCGGCACGCACAUUUCUUCUAUACAUCCUCCACCAGCUACCCUACCCACAUUUUACCGCAAAAUGUUGGACUUUUUCUGUCGGAAGUUCCAGGAGACGCUUCAACGAAUGGAUAUUCCAAGAACAAAGCCUGCUAGUAACUGGCUGGAAGACGGAAUAGGGCGCUUAGGUGAUCGUUGUCCCUGGGAUGAGGAAACAUUGCGUGCCUUCUGUUGUCAAUAUAAAGCACUCAAUUCCAUAAAACUUCCGUAUCCUUUUUGUUUAGAGACGCUUGCCGAUACUGAUGCUGCUAAACGUGCCCGACUGUCCAUACCCAUGAGGCUCAUCUUGGAGCCACUAGAGAAGCGUUUCCUGUUCAAUUUCUACGGCACUCAGUUAACAAAUAAACCAGAAAAGCCAGAAUGGUACUUUACUGAAGUCCUUACUUGGAUUACCAUCAAUGACCAGUGGCUAACUUGGAUGCAAGAUGAACAGCUUAAGGAUGUUGAAUUCUCUUCUACUCUAAGGGUGGAGUUCAUGCAAGGUCUUAUAAGCUUUGUAGUGGACAAGAUUUCCUACGAUCUCGGCCUGCUCUCCUCUCCACCUAAACCUCGGUGCGCAGUUCGUCUCCAAGGCGAAGAGGCUGUACAGGAGCUGAUCGACACUGGUACUAAAAAUCAGUUGCUAACCUCGCCACCGGCCUUUUUUGGCCACCUUGCGGACGAAAUGCUGGCAUUUGAAUCGCGGUUAGAUGGACUUUACUACCACCCAAAUGCCCUACGACCCGCCGACCUUUUCACUCACCGCAUAGACGUCCUUCAACACUGGCUUUUUUUGGAAAGCGAAGCUGCCCACAACAAGGUCAAGGAGCUCCUGGCCAAACCCUAUGCCUGGAAUAUGGAUAAUAAAGUUCCUCAGUGCGUUGGGGACUUCGUUGCCCUGGUCUAUGCCAUAUCUCGUCGUGGCGCGCAGUUGCAACACAACGCAGCAAAGCCACGGGCAUAUUUCUUCAAGAUCCAGCUUGAUCUCAUCUUCACCUUCCUUGAGGCGCUAACUCGCCUCCUACCCUGGAACUCCUCAUCCACAUCCAGAGGCACACGUGACCUCGCUGGCGACGAGUUGGUGGGUUGGACUUCCAUCGUGAAUGCGAUGCAUGCCAUGGUGGAGACAAUGCAGGAUUGGACAAAUGAUCAGUACUUUGUGGAAUUGUGGGAGGAUCAAGAAUCUCGAAGUCUCCUUUCAUGCUCUUGGGAUCCCUGGAUUGAAGAUGAGAUGGAGACGAGAAACGAGGCAGCAAGCGGGUGGAAAACCAUCUCUCAGCGGCUGAACUCUGCUCUGGAGGAGACCGCGCCACCUCGGGAAGCCAAACUAAUCGCCGAUUCGCGGAUUCAAUGUCCCGGCGUCUUUUCCAAGAUGUCCGAGUUGUACCGACAAAAAAUUGACCAGUGUCUGCAGAAGGUCUCCCAGAGCGUGUUCGCCCACUUGCAGAAGCUUGCACAGGACUACCUCAGUGAUGGCCAGCAUUGGUCGCAAGUAUCUGGCGGUGAGGGGAGCCGUGAAAGUGGCUCUCCUGCGUCUCCCUUUCCGCCAUCUGGUCUCUCGGGUCAAGCGACAGAAUUAUUUGUGCAACUCAGUCAUAAUCUCUUCGCCACCUCAAAAUAUCUUCAUUCACGCCUCUUUGUCCGUCUCUGGCGUCCCACCCUUCAGCAGCUGAACCAAUUCCUCUACAAAAACCUAAUUUUAAGGAAUCGCUUCACCCAGGCGGGUGCUAACCAACUCAAGUACGAUCUGGAGCAUUGUCUUCAUGCCCUUCUAGUCCCUUAUUCGACCCUCUUGCCUAUUGACGACCUGCUGGCCGAGUGUUUAGAUGCUUGCCGUCUACUCACCCUCCCACCUGGAUCUCUUUGUCUUCUCAAACAGGCACUGCGUGGUGAAGAUCUCACAGCAAGCGUUCUUGGCCCACUAGUCGAACUGGGAAUUCGACGUCUAACUCCGGAGGAUGCGCUUGAUGUGAUUUCUCGAUAUAUCUCCCCCAGUGGUGCCUUCUAA